AUGUCCUCGAAAAGACGAAAAACAGCCGGUUUUGUGCCUGUGAACAACUUGUUUGAGAGAAAUCGAAUGGGAUCGGGGCAACUCCGUGGCGGCUAUGGACCAGUGAAGAGACAUACCAUUCAAAGGGAUCCAGAUGUCGUGGCAAAGAUUGAUUCUGGCUCUAUAGGGCAGGAAAUCUUGGCUCAGGACGUUAGGGAUGGGACUCGAGAGUUGCAUGUGAUAGAUGAAGUACCGAGAGUAGAUAGCGGUGGGCUACUUGUAGAUACGGACCAGAAUACUAAUAAUGUAUCAUACACUAUUAGCGGCAGGAUUUCAAAUAUUGAUUCGCACAACAACGUAUUAGAGAGAUCAAAAUGUCUAUUGAUCUUCAGGAACGAUUAUGAUGGACCAAGAAUAUGUUUCAAGUUUCAAGAGCAGGAUAUUAAAAAUGCAUAUAUUGAUCCUCAAAAGGACUGUCAGGUAAUUUUAUUCGAUCAGGAGGAUCUUACUAUCGCAUUUGUUUUGCAUAAGUCGAGAUUAAUCAGAAUAGAUACUAGAACGCAGGCUACGAGAAAUGGAGAUUCCACUUUAGAUCCUACCUAUGUGAUUUUGUGGGAAAGCACAGACUCCACCAAGAUAUCAAGGAUACGUGAGAAUUUAAAGCAGUUUCAAACUUGUAAGAUCAAAGUUGAAGCUUCUGCCGAGAGCUUAAUGAGGAAUCUAUCUGAAUACUCAGUUAAUGAGACCAAGUCUACGCCUUUUCUAAAAAAGAAUCUAUCUUCGUUGGAGAGGAUACGUCACUCAACCCAACCUAGCCAGGCGGCUCACAGAAUACAGGUUCCUUCGUCACCAGAACGCCCGGAUACCACGAAGAAAAUGCGUGAGAUUAAGCCAGCGGGGUUCUACUCAAAAUUGACAGACCAUGCAUUUUCACGAACAAGGAGCCAAACACCGAACCUUGUGCAAAGUAAACUUUUCAGUAUUGAUGAUGAUAAAGACUUCGAAACUCCAGAAAAAUUUACACCACGAUUGUGUUACAAAUUUGAUGAUGGUGCUGGGUAUACAAUUACAAAUCAGGAUUUUAAGUGUCUUUAUAAUCACGACUGGAUCAAUGAUACCAUCCUAGAUUUUUUUACCAAAUACUACGUCGAGAGGGCCAUAAAAGAAUCUAUUAUAAAGCGGGAAAAAGUUCACAUCAUGUCAUCUUUCUUUUAUACAAAGCUAAUCAGUGACCCGACAGACUAUUAUGUCAAUGUCCAAAAUUGGGUCACUAAUUGUGACCUCUUUAACAAACAAUAUGUGGUGGUUCCAAUAAAUAUGAAUUUCCACUGGUUUGGUUGUAUUAUCACGAAUUUAGAUGCAAUUCUAAGAUUCUUUGAAAAACUGAGUGAUAAUGAGAAGGCAAAACUAGCGAGAAAGCCAAAAGAUGAGCCAAAAGUCUCGCCUAGUCCCGCUGGUCAAGAUAUUAUUUCUCGACUUUCUAGCCGUAGUACCACGCCCCUGGUGGCGGAAGAAGAAGAUGAUGAUGAUAGCGUAUCCGUGAGCGCGCCUAUAAUCAGAAUCCUAACGUUUGACUCUCUCCGACAAACUCAUUCGCGAGAGAUAGAUCCCAUUAAGGAUUUUCUCAUAGCUUACGCAAAGGAUAAGUAUGGUAUUGAUCUUGACAAGAGCCUUAUCAAGAUGAGAACAUGUGCUGUUCCGCAACAACCAAACAUGAGUGAUUGUGGAGUUCAUGUUAUAUUGAACACAAUGAAAUUUUUUGAAAAUCCAAUGAGUACCAUUGAGGUGUGGAGAUCGGCCAAAUCAAAGAGCAAGGUCAGCAGUAGAAUCAUUAAUGAGUAUUUUGAAAGAAAUAAAAGAAGCUCAGCAAGGCGAGACCUGCGAGAUGUUCUGUGGGCAUUACAGAAGGAGCAAAUAAAAACAAUGGAGGAGAAUAAUGAAAAUCCACUACAGGGAGACAGUAGCAGGGUCGAAGAAGACGAGGAGGAUGGUGAUAUUGAAAUUCUAGAAGAUCUUUCAAAAUUUCAAGCUUCCUUACCACAGCAAAAAGAUACAACUUCUAAUUUAGAAGCUCAACAACAAAGAAUUGAGGGGCCUGCUAAAAAGAAAGCACAGCAAGAAAAUGAACAAAUCAUGAUUGAGAGCUUCAAUGGUGGUAGCACAUUCAAAGAAUCAUCAGAACUCCCGAAAGAAUUUCGGCGUUAUGAGUCACCAGAUGAUAAGUCAAGGGUCGCAAGCUCUUCGAUGGAUGGUCCAUCAAAUAGAAAAUACCUUGAGAGCUCUCCUAUCAGGUCAUCGGGAGGUAAAGGCGAAGCGACGGCAAGCGGAAUCACCUCUCCUUAUUUUGGCACCUCGUCUUUGAAAGGUCGAUCAGAUGCAUUUGAAUCGAGCGGUAUGAAACCUCUGUCAUCGCCAAUAUUUAUCAAGCCAAGGGAUGGAAAUGAUGAUAAACACAUGACGCAGCCGCCGUCUUCCAUUUUGUCGGAAUUCCCAAUCGCAGAAGCUGAUGAACGUGAGCAAUCAGAGUCCUCAUCUUUCAGCGAUGCCGACGAAAGCAGAGUAACAAUUUCUGAUAAAGCCAACGACAGCGAUGUCAACCUGCUAGGAUAUUCGGACAGGGGAAGCUCGACUCAACUCAGAAAGGAUGUUGAGGCAGAGCUUAAUGAACCAAUAAUAGGUGAAACUAUAGAUCUGAAUUACGCGGGUAAUCUUGGGUCUUAUCACUCAGAAUUAGCCAGAAAAAAUGUCAGAGAUUCUCAUCACAAAUUUCAAGACCGUUCAGCGCCUGACUUUCGGGUGUCAGAGAAAUUGUCUCCAGAUGCGAAUGAUGACGUUCAAAGCAUUGCAUCCGAAUCGGAUUGA